AUGAAAAGAUUACAUAUAAGAAGAGAACCAAAUUAAACAAAUUCUAGUGUAUUUUUAGCAAUUUUUUAAGUGAAAGUCUUGCUAGAUAAAGAUAUCAAAACAUUGAUCCUGCUUUUUUUAGGAGAAACUUCUAUGUUUUGUGGUAAUAAAGUUUACAGUAGUCCUUCAGGACAUGAAAAAUUUAUAAAAGGAGAAACAUCACCUUGUGAAAUUUUAAAAUGUAAAAAUUAAGCAGAUCAAAAAGGUUUAAACUUUUUAGAGUAGAAUAAGUUAAAAUAAUACAUGAGAGCAUCAAAAAUAAACAGGAUUCCUAAAAUUAUUGAAAGAAAAAUCGGAUAAAAUCUCUAAAAAAUCAAGAAUUGAAUCUAGAUUUGCAAUUUUUUAAAAUUUAAUUGAAUAUAAAAUCAAAUUAAAAGAAGAAGCUAUAAUUAAAGGAAAUCGAGAAUUGAAAAUUUUGGUGCUGUCAAGUAAAUGUAUAAUAUCAGUGAUGAAUAUAUCUAAAAGAUAUAUGGAAAAAAAAGUCAACUCCAAUAAUUUAAAAAAACAUUGUCAAUGGACACUAAGUUAAAUUAAUCUAACAUUUAAAUCCAUAUUAAAAUUCAAAACAGCUACUUAUGAAAGUGAGACAAAAAAUAAAUAUGAUCCUCCAAUUUAAAUAUCAUCCAUUAAGCUUUAAAUUAAUUAAAAUUGA